GUGAAAUCACGUUCCCAAAUUUCGCAGUCUCUCCUUUCAGUUCCAAUUUCCCAACUCUCCAUUGAAGCCGGAGCUCUCUCUCUCUCUCUCUCUCUCUCUCUCUCUCCCUCUCUCUCGCAGUCAUGGCGGCUCUAGCUCGAUUCUCUAAGAAGGCUUUAACCACUCUCUCGUCUCAGCAGAAUAUCCUUCAUCGUGGGCUCGCCACUGAGGCUGGGAAGGCCGUAAAUCCAUCGGCCGAUCGAGUCCAAUGGGACUACCGAGGUCAGAGGAAGAUCAUCCCGCUUGGGCAGUGGCUCCCAAAGGUGGCCGUGGACGCCUAUGUUGCGCCAAAUGUAGUUUUAGCCGGACAGGUUACCGUCUGCGAUGGUGCUUCAGUCUGGCCCGGUUCGGUCCUACGAGGCGAUCUCAACAAGAUCACCGUUGGAUUCUGCUCCAAUGUUCAGGAACGAAGCGUCAUUCAUGCCGCUUGGUCUUCGCCUACAGGCCUUCCAGCAGAGACAUUUAUUGAGAGGUUUGUGACAAUCGGUGCAUACAGUCUCUUGCGUUCUUGCACAAUUGAACCGGAGUGCAUUAUUGGGCAGCACUCUAUUCUCAUGGAAGGUUCGUUGGUGGAGACUCACUCUAUCUUGGAGGCUGGAUCCGUGGUUCCCCCAGGGAGACGAAUUCCAACUGGCGAACUUUGGGCUGGAAAUCCUGCAAGGUUUGUCCGAACUCUUUCCCAUGAAGAAACCUUAGAGAUCCCAAAACUUGCUGUAGCAAUCAAUGAUCUGAGCAAAGAACAUUUCAUGGAGUUCCUUCCUUACUCCACAGCAUAUUUGGAGGUUGAAAAGUUUAAGAAGUCAUUGGGCAUCACUAUUUGAUAAAAAUCUUUAUAUUUAAUUGUCAUUUUUACAUGUAUCUUUUAGUUGGGAGGUGUUCCUUGUAAGGAAAUAAGCAGCUCCAAGACAUAGAGCAAAGCUUUUUGAGAGUUCUCUCUUUGUAUUUGAUUGUUUUUCUUCAGGCCAUUGAAAGAUUUAUUUCGAAUGAUACACUUGUUACUGAGAAAGGCACCUAUCACCUAUGUGGAAUUUUCUUGACAAGCUCAUAAUUGGGGUUCAUGCAUAAAAAUUUGCUUUGCAUAAAAAAGAUCAUUGGUGCUUUUUACCCUUUUUCUUGUUUGGUAUGAUUGAGAAACUUGAUUUGAG